GAGAGCGGCGGGAGGGUGGUACAAUGCUCCCGGGAUGGGGAUUUUGUAGCAUAGUAUAGCAGUGCUCUUUGGUUAGACGUGAGGGGCCUGUCUCUGUCUGAGCUGAUACUGAAAACUCCCAUUACUCUCCACAGGGAGAGGGCUUCCUGCUGAACGGUUCCAGCGUUCUCUGCUCAUUCUUCUGGCCUCUUCCUGUGCUGGAUCCUCCCGUUGGUUAAAGCCUCACCGGUUAUAACGCGAAUUGCUAGCGGAACUCAGCAGGUCUGGCAACACCUUGGGGGAGAAAGCAGAGUUAACGUUUCGAGCCCGGUGACUCUUCAUCAGAACCAACUGCUUCUUCGUGGAUGGAGUGAAGCUGCGUCCAGCCUUCCUCCCGUAAUGUGCCCUUUACGGGUACUGCGCAUAGACUCAAAGGAUAAAGAAUUGCUGAACCUAAGGACCAGUGUCGUUAAACUUUGGCACGUCCACCAUUUCUGAAACAGCAAUGGCAAGCAUUACGCAAUUAUUUGGAGACCUCUGUGAAGCCCAGAUGACAGGCUUGUCAUGGAAAUGUUACUUGGGCAAAAGAAGACUCAACCGAAGACAAUUCAAAGAAAAAUUAAAAAGGGUUGUUUACAAUACGCUAUUUAUAAACCUUUUCCGAGAUGAAGCAACUCCAAAAUAUCAGUCUGAUAUCAGCAAACUGCCUGUGAAAAACAAAAUCUUGAUGCUGUCCUUCAAUUUGAGGGUGGCAGGCUUGGGCAUAGAAGCUGAUCGCUUGGAAGAACUUACAGAUCAAUUAGAAAAAUCAGUAUGCAUGUCACAGUCUGAUCUGAAUUCUGUCCUGGAACUUCUGAUUGAGCUUGCAGGAACUGGACCAUAUCAACUUCAGCCACAGAAAAGGGAUUAUUUCUUGAACAAUAAAAAUGUUGGGAGAAAUGUAAAACUUCAGGGCUAUGAUCACUACGAUGUGAGCCUAUUUGAAUUGGGGCUGUUGUCCUUCAAUUCCAAUGAGGACUUUCAAUUUCACGACAAUGUGCAACGUACUCUUCAGUUAAUGGAUGCAAAACCAGGCACUGGAUUACCUGGCAUUGGAUUAUUCUCCCAUAAUUACUUAGCUGGAGACAAGUACGAAAAAGAAACACGAGUGUCGCUUUUUGGUGCACUUGUACGUAGUCGUACUUGUGAAAUGGAAAUUAAGUUGGAUUUGCCUGCAGUGCCAGAUAACAUAGAUAUCACUGGACUUAAAAUUCGGGUUCCUCAAAGCAUUGACCAGUCAGAAGAUGAAGGAUUUCAGUCAGCAUCCAACCUUACUCCAGAUUCCCAGUCAGAACCCAGUACAUCACCUGACAUUGAUAUAUGGAGUGCAGUGCUGACUUAUGAACCCAGCAAAUAUAGAUGUUGGGAACUAAUUGGCUGUCCUCCAGGUAAAAAAGAGGAGCCCUAUCUUACUGAAGCAGGUCGAGAAGCUUUUGACAGGUUCUACCAAUUACGCGAAAGUGAGCUACAGCUUAUUGGUGGUACGCUGCUGCAGCCAACGCCAGCUAUACUUCAGAAAGAAACUGAGUUAGUUAAAGAUGUGCUGAAUGUCCUCAUUGGUGUAGCGUCAAUGACUUUUUCUUUGAAUCAGUCUCUCCAGGCGUUUGUAGUUAAACAAGGCGUGUAUGUCUCUGGAACAUCCCCUGAGAGUAUGUAUAACCUCCUCUCUGAAUUGGCUGAAAAUGGAACAUACUACACCCGGCUCAGUCACUUCUCGCUUCAGCCAAUCCUUGACUCCACGUACAAUAAAGGCCUUGUUUUUCAGGCUUUUACAAGUGGAUUGAGGAAGUAUCUACAAUAUUAUAGAGCAUGUGUGUUAUCAACACCUCCAUCAUUGAGCCUUCUACCUAUCGUCUUUCUGUUCAGGAAACUGGGGCGCCAGCUAAGGUUAGUGUAA